GUGAAGCUCUGGGACCGUUUGUGAGCAUGUGGGAUUUUAACUAAACAUUGGAUCACAGCUGAAGCUCAGUGAUGGAGCCGCAGAACUCCUCGUCCUCCUCACACAGAGCCCUGCAGAACCUCCUGGCUGCAUUGGCUUUACUCACAUGUUUCUCUGCUAUCUUCUACGUGUACUACAAGCCGACUGAGACCGCAAACUGGCAGAAAUGUCCCGCCAUUCCCCAGCAUGCGGUCUGCAGGGACAUCUGUAUCAGCGCUCUCCAGAAACCAAACCAAAUCCACAUUAUAAACAACACGUGCACUGUAAACCUGACCUCCAUCAGCAGCCACUUCACACAGACAUCGACAGCCAAAACUCCUGACACCGUAAUCCUGAUCUGGACUUGGCCUUUUGGAGCAAAGUUUGAUUUAGAUAGCUGCAGCUCGAUGUUUGACAUCCACGAUUGCCAUCUGACAGAUAACCGGAGUUACUUUGAGAAAGCAGACGGUGUUUUCUUCCACCACAGAGACAUUUAUGAAGAUUUAUCCAACGUUCCCAAUCAACCGAGACCUCGGCUCCAGAAAUGGGUCUGGAUGAAUAUGGAAUCUCCCAGUAAUUCACCACGGUAUCCCAGUCUGAAUGAUCUGUUCAAUCUGACCUCAUCGUACAGGCUGGAUUCAGACAUCAGCGUUCCUUACGGACGACUGAUUCGAGGGAAAACCAAUGGGAUCAUCCCAAAGAAGACGAAGCUUGUUUGCUGGAUCGUGAGCAACUGGAACUCAGCCUACAAGCGUUCUCAAUACUACGAAGAGCUUAAAGAGCACAUUACUAUAGACGUCUAUGGAAACGCAUUCCACAAGCGCAUCAGCAGUGAGGACUACACCUCUGUUGUGUCCAGCUGCAGAUUCUACCUGUCCUUCGAGAACUCCAUUCAUAAAGACUACAUCACCGAGAAACUCUUCAACCCGCUGAUCCUCGGCACGGUUCCUGUAGUCCUGGGGCCGCCCAGGAGGAACUAUGAGGAACUAAUACCAGCCGGUGCAUUCAUUCACAUUGAAGACUUCUCCACUCCUGAAGGACUCGCGCAACAUCUGAAGCUCCUGGAGAAGAACGAAGACCUGUACAUGCAGUACUUCAGCUGGAGAGAGGAUUUGGUGGCCAGUGAGUCUCGCUUUGGUCUCGAGCACGCCUGCAGGGCUUGUGAUCAUAUCAGAAGAAAUCAGAACUACAGAGUAGUCAAUGAGCUCAAUGGAUGGUACUGGGGAUGAUGGUUCACAAUCAUUUCUAGAAAAACUAGGCGGU